AUGGCCGAUACCACACCUGAGGAUGAUCGCGAGCGCCUCAAAUCCGCCCUCUGGUACGCCAUAGGCCAAAUCGUCGAUGAAGAAUCUCUGAAACGCAACCGCAAUGCGACACCCCAGUUUAUCGGUGCUUUGACAGAAAUGGUGUGGGCACAAAUUGAAAAUGUCGCCAUUGAUCUAGAAACGUUCUGUAAUCAUGCUGGCAGGACGACCGUCACCACAGACGACGUGCUCUUACUGGCGCGGAAGAAUCCGGAUCUGCAUGGGAUCAUGAAGGCAUAUGUAGAUGGCAUGAAGGCAGACAAAGAGGCUGCGGCGGGGAGUAGUAGUCGGACCAGUGGCGCGAAGAAGAGUAAGACGAAAAAGUAG